AACCUCUGUGAAAGUCUGGUGUUCUCGCCGGGUGCGGUGGCGCGCGCCUGUAAUCCAAGUUACUGGGAGGCUGAGUCUGGCGGAUCGUUUGAGCUCAGGAGUUCUGAGCUCCAGUGGACUAUGUCGAGCGGGUGUCCGCACUAAGUUCGGUAUCGAUAUGGUUCCCCUGGGGGAGCCCGGGGUCACCAGGUCGUCUAAGGAGGGGUGCACCGACCCAGGCCGGACACGGAGCAGGUCAAAGCCCCCGUGCCGCUCAGUAGUGGGAUCGCGCCCGUGAAUAGACACUGGAGAGCAGCCUGAGUGAGACAGCGAGACACAGUCUUUUUACACACACCACUACACAACUAUGCUGCUGUAGGUUACUCUGCCAUGACGUCACACCAGGAAGGAGUUCAGCACCCCCACCUGGCAGCUACUACGACAAUCACUCUCAUCAGUGCUCCACGUGUGUGUCUGCAUGUUACUGCUGCCAAGAUGAGCUGCACAUGAAAGUAAAAUCGAGUCCUCUCACGACCAAAUGCUACCUCAUGACAGGGCAAACAAGAAAGUAAUACACAAGCAAAAGGGCACAGCGGCUUUAGACUUGGACGUUUAUGCAUCAAUCAAACACACAAAAGAGAGCUCGUCAGAUGAUGCAAAGAAGGUGAUGCGGCGGGAGAAGAACAGGAUUGCUGCUCAGAAGAGCAGGAUGAGGCAAACUGAGAAAGCUGACAAACUACACUUGGAGAGUGAGAACCUGGAGAAGGAGAACGCGGCUCUGAGGAAGGAGGUGAAGCAGCUGACAGAGGAGGCCAAGUAUCUGUCGUCUGUGCUGAGCAGCCACGAGCCUCUGUGCACCGGCCUGGCCCCUCAAACCCCCGACCUCCUCUACCCCGCUCACCAUGGCAGCUACCACCAAGCUCACAUCACCGUACCACACUACCAGCACUGACCCAAGUGAGCAACGAAGAUGGCCGAAGACUUGCUGCCAAACAGACGACUGACCUCAAUGGAGAGACACUGACCGGUGACGUGUCUGUAAAUGUGAAGCGUCGUUCAAAACUGAUCGAGGAGUGAACGUGAUGGACUGAUGUGACUGCCAAACAAUGACAGUGUGGAACCCAAACUGUAACAUGCAGUGUUCAAAUGUAUUUAUUUUCCUUAUUUGCUAUUGUCUGACUGAUACCAGUGAUCUGUGUGUGUGUGUGUGUGUGUGUGUGUGUGUGUGUGAGUGUGACCUUACAUGACUAGAAUUAUACAACCAGUCUAUGUUUACAUCAGGCCAAACGACCAACUUACUGUACGUUCAGGUGACUCAAUCGAUCAUUUUGUGAAUCGCUUCAUUUAGUGUCAUAUUACCUUGUGUUUGUGUGUGUGUGUGUGUGUGUACAUGUGGAAUAAUGCUCAGGAGCUUUUUUUAAAUUUUUUUGACAAAUGUGAUUGUGGACAAACAGAAUGUAUCAUCAAGAUCCUGUACACUCAGAUGUACCAAAAAAGGAAUGUCUGGCUGUGGCGGAACGGGACUUGGAUGCAGCAGAGAUAUUUAUUAAAUGCGAUGCCAUUUGGGUGA